GUAAAACUCUUGAGAAACAUCAAAAAUCUGCCGGUUGACGUCUCUGUUAACUUAAACGGACCUUGCGACAAUGGCCAGCACUGCUGAGAAGCCUGAAUGGAGCAAGACAGAAAAUGCCACGGAGGAAAUUCAGCACAUUUGUGAUCAGGUGAAGGUCCAAGUCGAGAAAAAGACAGGCAAGAACUAUGUUGAAUUCAAAGCAGUUCAAUACCGUCAUUCUAUUGGCGGAGAACUCUUCCUCAUCAAGGUUCAUGUUGGAGGGACAGACUACAUUCAUCUGAGAGUCCUCCAAUUCAUUUGGCUUCUCCAUGCCGUGCCACAGGAAGUGGAUAUACUGCGCGGUGUGGAGCAACACAAAACCAGAGACGACCCCCUCGUACCUUUUUCAAACUGAUCACACAACCUGUUUCAACAGUUAAACACUGGCAGGCUGCAGCCUCAUAUAAAAAUGCUCUGCUUCUUUGUUCUGAAAUGAUUUGACAUUGAUUUCAAACAUAUUAACACAGACAGAUAAAGAUGUUUGGUGAUGAAGUUGAAUGCACUACCUUUUGAAGGAAUAAUAAAUAAUAAACACACAAAAAA